AUGGCCUCCGAUAAAAUUACAUUGCAAAAGGUGGGAAAGAAACAGAAUGGAAAGAGUAAAAAAGUCGAAGAGGCAGAACCUGAAGAAUUUGUAGUAGAAAAAGUACUGGAUCGACAUGUAGUGAAUGGGAAGGUGGAGUAUUUCCUGAAGUGGAAGGGAUUUACAGAUGCAGACAAUACUUGGGAACUUGAAGAACAUUUAGAUUGUCCAGAGUUAAUUGAAGCAUUUCUUAAUUCUCAAAAAGCUGGUAAAGAAAAAGAUGGAACAAAAAGAAAAUCUUCAUCUGACCGUGAAUCUGAUGAGAGCAAAUCAAAGAAGAAAAGAGAUGCUGCUGAUAAACCAAGAGGUUCUGCCAGAGGUCUUGAUCCAGCACGAAUCAUUGGUACCACAGACAGCAGUGGAAAAUUAAUGUUUCUCAUGAAAUGGAAGGAUUCAGAUGAGGUGGACUUGGUGCUGGCAAAAGAAGCAAAUAUGAAGUGUCCUCAAAUUGUAAUUGCUCUUUAUGAAGAGAGACUAACUUGGCAUUCCUGUCCAGAAGAUAAAGCUCAGUAA